ACUGCUGCUUCCGGGAACAUGGCCGGCUAAACAAUGACAAAAGUCUCUCUCCUCAAAAUCAAGAGGAAACUUUUCGAAAUGCAAACUACUUGGCUUAACAAAAGUGUUUGGAUUCAGUGCGUGCAAUUAGGUCGUUUAUUUGGUUUACUUCUGCAUGCAUGUUGUUGAAGGUGAUGUUUGAGUCGGAGUUAACUAACUUGGCUAUCUAGCCAGCGAAGGUAGCCAACUUUUCACAUUCAGCAGAAUUACCCUAACGUUAGCUAGCAAAUGCGAAGUGGCUAACAUGUCAACAUAGCUAGGAACAUAAGUAUUGCUAUUGGCUGCUACACUUGAAGCCCGCAACUGAUUUACUAAGUUCCACGAUCGAGAAAUGGAGAGUAGACACGUUGCAGUGCUGGCUUGUGUAACGUAGAUGCGUUUGUUAUUUUUAUCGGGGUGUCUCGCUGGUUGCUUGCUAUGUUCUCGCAGCUGCGUUCAGCUGUCUAGCUAGCUUGAUUGACACUAAUUUCAAUGGCUCACUGCAGUUCAAAUCCAAGUGGGAAGGUACCCCGUCCAGAUAGCUCAGCGUUGAUGGCAGGAUCUCCUGGAAGCGUUGAUCAGGCAAUGAAGCCGGUGUCGUUUGAAAUAUUUGGAGAGUUUUGGAACGUCCAGGCCCGGCUCGGGCAAGGCGUCUCGGCCUCAGUAUACCGUGUGAGCUCGGGGAGGGCGAGUACGGCCGCGGUUAAGGAGUUCCAGGCUGACACUCAGAGCGGAGAUUACGGGUACCAAAAGGAGAGGUCCGUGCUGGAAGACAUCCAAGGACACAAAAACAUCGUAACGCUGUACGGGGUGUUCACCAACCGCAGCCAGGUGGGUGUGGCCACGCACUGCCUGCUGCUUGAGCUGCUGGACGUCAGUGUGUCUGAGCUGCUUGUGAGGGCCAGUACCCAAAGCCGAGCCUUCAGCCCCCAGUGUGGUGGUUCCCAGAAGCAGGGCCACUCCAUGUGGUUGGUGCAGCACUGUGCCAGGGACGUCCUGGAGGCCCUUGCCUUCCUCCACAGAGAGGGCUACGUCCAUGCCGACCUCAAGCCCCGCAAUGUGCUCUGGAGCGCGGACGAUGAGUGCUUCAAACUCAUCGACUUUGGCCUCAGCUUCAAAGAGGGCAACCAGGAUGUGAAAUACAUCCAGACAGAUGGGUACCGUGCCCCGGAGGCUGAGCGUCAAUACUCCCUGGCCCAGGCGGGGAUGGAGGUGGAGGGGGACUCUGGCUGCUCGGCCGCUGUGGACCUCUGGAGCUUGGCAAUCGUCCUGUUGGAGAUGUACUCAGGCAUCAAACUCAAAGACACCGUCAGGUCACCCGAGUGGAAGGACAACAGUGCAGCAAUAGUCGACCAUAUCUUUGCCAGUAACAGUGUGGUGGGUCCUGCCAUCCCUGUCUAUCACCUCAGAGACCUUAUCAAAAGUAUGCUUCACAACAACCCCAAGCACAGAGGCACAGCCGAGAAGGCCCUGCUUAGCCCCUUCUUCAGCAUUCCUUUUGCUCCUCACAUAGAAGACUUGGUUCUGCUUCCCUCUCCUGUUCUGCGUCUGCUCAACCUGAUCGAUGACAGCCACCUGCACAAUGAGGAGGAGUAUGAAGAGUCGUGGCUGAACAACGACAUGGAUAAUAUACAGUUGGCUGGGUUUUCCGUGCAUCGGCAAGAUAGAACCUCCGACAUCUUGGAGGACAUGAAGGAGGAGUGUCAGAAGUAUGGCUCUGUUGUCUCUUUGCUCAUCCCCAAGGAGAACCCAGGCAAAGGACAGGUGUUUGUAGAAUACGCUAACGCAGGCGACUCCAAAGAGGCCCAGAGACUGCUGACGGGACGGACCUUUGACGGGAAGUUUGUCGUUGCCACGUUCUACCCCCGGAGUGCUUACAAGAGAGGCUAUCUGUACCAGACCGUGCAGUGAACACACACACGCACUUGCGCACACACACACACACACACACACACACACACACACACACACACACACACACACACACACACACACACACACACACACAUCGUCUGCUGAAGAGCACAGGCCGAGGCCUCAGUCAGUCACUGUCAUGAUGUGUAUAAUCAGAUCACCACUCUGCUUUCUGCAGCCUCUAGAGCCAGAGUUAACCUACUGUGUCCUGUAGCUUUACUGUAUGUAGCAACAGUCUGCGAAAGGAAAGCUUUGUAUAAUCCAAUCUUCCAUGUCCUGCUAUGGGGAUGUAUACUGCUGGAUGCUACUGUUGACAGAUUCAGAUGGGUCAUAUGUUUAUCAUAGGGGUAGAUGGCUUGACUUUCGGUAAAUGGAUCCUCACUGGCCAAAGCUGCACACUGUCCCACUUUGCACACUGUGCUGAUGUCAAACCCUGAACAAGAGAGUUACUUUAUGUCCACCGAUCUUGUAGAGCACAAGUACAGUACCAAGUACACUAUGGGUUUCGUAAACCCAGCAAGCAGUUUGGAUUGAAUAGGGCCCUAGUUUUCUUUGUACUCAACGGCUUGAAUAUCCUAUAUUUAUUUGUGUAAUUGAAACCGUUCCUGAUUGAUUGAUCUUGGGUCUCUCUUGUUAAAGGCUGAGCCACAAUUUCAUCUUGUCCAAAGUUACCUUCCCAUGACCUAUUUUUCUAUGAGAUGUUUGUUUUGAGACUUGAAUUCCAAAGGUACCACUCCAGAUCAUCUGUAGAAUCACGCUGAGUUCUAGAACGUUCUGAGCCUAAACUCUAACCACUCAACUUCAGCUCUUUUCUGUGGUACAUGAAAAAUAUCAAUUUCUUUGUUAUUUCUGACAUUUUUAAUCUAAUUUCUACCUUAUAUACUAUUAUUACAUUUUGUCCAAGUUGACCCAUAUACUACUUAUACUCCAGAAUGGCUGUGCUGAUGUGAGUGGAAGUUAAGUUUUUUUCGAUAUGUUAUGAAAGGGAUGGAUUAUUUCCUUAGCACUGUACGAUACAAAGCAACAAGCUUACUUUACGUUCAGAACCGAUGGAUAGGGUUUUCACAGUUGAAUAUUUCAGUUGAAGAGCAUUCGAGCUGACCGUUUCGUAACACAGUAGCCCACUUUCAGUUCUAACAGACGUCUGUGUGAGUUAGUCUACAUGACAAAUCAAUGUGUGAGAGCUGUGCUAGUGUAGGUAUUUGUUGAUUAUGGUGAGAUUAUAGAUUUAAUCCAAUACUGCAGAGUUUUGUAUCCUAUGUCGUGUGUGGGAGAUGUUGAAAUUAACUUAUCAGUUCAGUGCAUGCAACAUUGUUAUGUUAGGGGCAGUAUUUAUUCAGACAGUCUUGACUCUUCCCCUUGUCUGUCUGCUGCUCAUAUUCAGUCCAAUAACAUUGUGAAUCUUAAGCGUAAAUCAUAGUCCACAGACGCUGAGACUCGAUAGUCCGGCGUCCCAUUGUGACAUAGCUAUGCAGCUCUGAGACACCGUCUGUGGGGACGCACAGCCCGAACGCUCACCUCCCCACAAUUCCCAGCCUACACAGCUAUUCAGUUGAAUGUGUUGACAGUUGGAGAAAAUGCUUGUGCUGCCCAGAAAAUUCUAAAAGUAUGAAAGCCAACAGUCCAAUAUUCUAGAACACUGCUGUGCGUACACAUUUUGGACUAUGAUGAACGCUUCAGAUUGGGCACAGAUGCUUCUGAAUGAGUAGGCUGGCAUUGAACAGGCUAAAGCUCCAUCCUGCCUGCCCAGCCUCUCCAGAUGUUUGAGAAAGAGACCAUAUAUUAACAUGAGCAGGAACAACAUUCUGGAUAUUCUGCAAUUUACUCCGUUUGUAGCUAACACUUCCAGUCAACUGGCGCCAUGCGACAACUGUCGGGGCUGAUUGAGACAUUGUUGACGACAUCCUGCCUAAAUGUGAAAGCACUGACUCUAGGACUUAUGGGUGACCGGUCAUAACACCAAUAUGUGAGGUGAUCCCAUACCAAAUGUAGUCCACUGCCUUAGCUGCCUUCUCUGUGUUAUCUAGUCUAACACUGUAAUGCUCCCAUUUAGUUUCAGCACACUGUCCCUUCACAGUGUGUUAUUCAAAGUAGAUCCCAAUGAAAGCCUUCAUAGUUUCCUUCCUGAUCUCCACAACCAUGGCGCAUGAUGAUGACAUUUCUUUAUGCAAACAUUUUCAGGGAGCUUCUUUGUUUUUCGUUUACACUUUGGGUCAGUUAUCCUAGUACAGUGUCCGUUUCUUUACUUCUAUGUCUUCUGAUAUACUAAUAUGAAAACAUUCUAUGUAUCUGAUAAAGCUUUUAGAUAGCUGUAAUGGAUUUGUGGGCAAGGCGGUAUCUGGUGUUUGUCCAUCUUGUUAGCUAUGGGCUAACUUCUAUAUGAUAUUUGUUGUAAUAGCAGCGAGUGUAAUAAGAGUUUUAGCAUGCAGGUGGCAGAGCAGGAUUCAUCUGGACAGUGACUAUGCAGUCAAUACUGAUCAGAGAAAACCAGUACAACUACAUAGGUACAGAUACUACAUGAGAAGGAGAGUGAAAGAGGGAGAGCGACAGUAACAGAGAGGGAGCUGUGCUGUAAGUCCGAGUACAUACAGUUGAAGUCGGAAGUUUACAUACACCUUAGCCAAAUACAUUUAAACUCAGUUU